UAUUCGUCCUCUAAGUCUUUGGCAAUUGGCAUUGUUAGAUUGAUUGUAUUGAUAAGUAUUUCGGAUCAGUAUUCCGUAAUAUAUCUAAAUAAAAUAAUACCUGCACACACCGACGUAUUUUACCCUUCCAGUUUUCGUGUAAAGUUAUCAUGGAUACUGGAAUAGUAGAUCACAAUGUCGUAGUUAUUGAUGAUGAUCCCGAGCCUCGGUUAGAGAAUGAGCCUGAGCCUGAGCCUGAAUCUCAGCCUAAGUCUCAGCCUACUGUGGUCGCAAACAAAGCACCACAAAAGCCGAAGCCAUCUAGACCUCCAAGAAAGAAGAAAAUCUUCCAAAAUGAUCGUUACAAUAAUGCCUAUGGUGAUUAUAGUGGUGGGUAUGGUCCGCCUGGUGGAGGGUUUGGCCGCAACUUUGGGCGACCCCCACAAAAUUUUGGGCCACCCCCACAAAAUUUUGGGCCACCCCCUCCUUUGUUCCCUCCUGGGCCUCAAGGACCUCCGAAUUUCAUGUGGGGAAGAGGAUUUGGGCCUCAAGGACCACCAAUGCGCAGGCAACCUGUAGACGACCGGAUGAUAAAAUAUCUAAUACGAUGUGGUGUUGCAAGAGAUAAUCUGAAGUAUUUGCCGCAUGAUUUGCUACAAUUGAUGGAGCCAGAAUAUUGUGGCCUCUGUGCUCAGGGUUUCGAUUCGUUUGCUACGUCUCGAAUUCACUACAUUUCCAAAAACCAUAUUAAAUCUCAAAAGAAAUGGGUAAACCAACAAUCGGAUGUCGGUUUUCGGCGCGUCAAAGAGGUGGCGUUCAAAGCGCGCGACCUGUAUUGUGAGCUGUGCGAUGUUCACAUAACGUCCAAGAGUCAUUCGGAUUCUCACUAUUCUGGAAGACCGCACCGAUCGAUUGUCGAGGGGCGUAAGAAUCCGAAAAACCCAAUGUUGCUGCAACGUGGAAUGGAGGAUAGAGUGAUCCAACUCGUCCGCCGUGAGAAGAAAUUCCUAAAGACCUUAGUCGAUGAUGUUGAAGUCGAGAAAGAAGUCAAGAUUACACAGCCAGAGUUGUUUUGCGAUAUAUGCAAGACUUCGGUGACGUGCUCCGAGCAGAUGACGAUGCACCUCAACGGCAAGAGGCAUCUUAAUAAGGAGAAACAGCACAUACUCAAGAUGAUGAAGGGUGAAACAGAUAAAGUAGCUGGUGAGUCGCAAGAGAAGAACGACGAGGAUAUGGAAGAAGUGGGAGAAACUGAAAAGGAGACAGAAGAAGAGCCAGGAGUAGAAAAGGCAUCUUUUACAGAUGAUAAAUAUGACUGGGGCAACGGCAGCAGCACUUGGGAUGAACUCAAGGAUGAUGAUGCCUAUUAAUCAGUUUUUCGUUUUCAGGAACUUCCAUACCAUGAUGUUUUUUUCCGCUGGUUGGGAUCGCCGUUCAGCAUCUGAUUCUAAAAUACAUAAUGUAUUAUUUACUUAUUCUUAACACAAAUAAAUAUAUUAAUUAAC